AAAAAAUUUGAAAUUAAUGAGUUUCUACCCUUAUGGUCUUGUUUCUCCACAGCGUUCUGUAUACCCUUAAGCAUAUUAUCCAUAAUCUAUUCCUUAAUAAAGAUAAGCCCCAUAUUCAAUGCCAAGUCAAGUAAUAAAUUUAAAUAUUAAUUAAGUAGGUGUUUCGUCCCCCUCCACCUGUUAUUAGACCUCCUCCUUAACACUAUUAUCCUUAAUAUUAAAAGCCAACUCAAUUUGCCCCUACUAAUUAUGGUCAAAGCCCAGUAAAACCACAAUCAUCUUUACAAUAAUCUUAUCCAAUCAAUUAAUAAAAUCAAAGAUAUCCUAAUAGUCCACCUUAAGUUUUUAAUUAAUAAUAAUAGCCUCUCACAAGACCUACAGUACCAUAAUAUCAAUAUUAAAUUCCUACACAACAAAGAGGAACAGCUCAAUAUUAUUAUUAACCAUAAUAACAAUAAUUAUAAAAGUAAUAGCCACAACAAUACAGUCAGAAUAAGAUGGUAUCUCCACCUCCAAAAUAAUCUUCAUAAUAAUAAUUACCAACUUAAACAAAACCUUAAUCUCCUCCUACCUAAUAAAGACCACAAUCCCAAUAACAACAACAUUAAUAAGUGCCUUAGUAAUAAAUAAAUAAGCCUCCUUAAUAAUAGAAAUAACCAUAGUUAUCAUAAAAGGAUGAUGAUUUAGAAAAGAAAUUUUAAGAUGCCAUAGAUAGAACAAGAGAUCUUGUUUAAAAAUAUUAAAAUCCUUAACAAAAAUAACCACAAUAGCCUUAAGUAUAAGAAUAGCAUCCAAAUCCUUAAGAUAAUGAUGAUUAGUUAUAAGAACUUGCUCUUUAAUAUGAAGAUGGGUAUAUCUAUAGAGGUUAGGGAUUUGAACCAGCUACUAGAGAAGGUUAUGGUAUUUUAACAGAUUAAAAUGACAAUACUGUUUAUGAUGGUUAAUGGAAAGAUAAUUAAUAUCAUGGUCAAGGAAAACUAAUUAACGUUUAAGCAGAAUAGAUUGAAGGCCCUUUUGAUUAUUAAGACUUAAGUGCAAUAGAAAAUGGAUGGUUAGGAUAUGAAGGUAUCACUAUUUUAUAAAUAUAAUAGGUGAAUUUUCUGAAGGUAAGAUGAAUGGUUUUGGUAGAUUACAAUUAACUAAUGGAGAAGUAUUUGAAGGACAAUUUAAUGACGGCAUGAUUCAUGGUGAAGGUAUUUUUUCAGCUUUAAAUGAUUAAACUAUUAAAGGAUUAUGGUAGGAAGGAGUAUUAACUUAAGUUUUUGCUUGA